AUGGAGCCUUUGUCUGACCCAUUAGGAAACAGGGUUGUUAAGACUUUAAUUCCUCCGCCUCAUCGAGAACUCUCUAAUGACUUGUUAUAUCCUAAAGCAUGUAAUAAAUAAUCAGCUCAUAUCCCAAGUGUUGAUGCAAUAAAACUUCAUCUCACCAAAGAAGGGAGAGUUAGCAAAGCGCAUGUUAUUAAGAUUAUUGAUAGCGCAAAGGAUCUGUUUCAAGGAGAGCCGAACUUAUUGCGAAUAGAAGACCCUGUCCUCAUUAUUGGAGAUGUUCAUGGGCAGUUUUAUGACUUACUCAAAAUAUUGGAAAUGGGAGGAAGUCCAACGAAGAACAAGUUCUUGUUCUUGGGCGAUUACGUUGAUAGAGGGCAUUUCUCUAUUGAAGUGGUGAUCCUUUUAUAUUGUCUCAAGCUCAAUUUUCCAGAUAGAGUAUUUUUGAUUCGAGGCAAUCACGAGUGCAUGGCCAUGACUUCUUAUUUCUCAUUCCGGGCAGAGUGUAUGGCUAAAUACGACUUAGAAGUAUAUGAGAGAUUUCUUGAAAGUUUCGACUGCUUACCUUUAGCUGCGCUUGUAAACGAUAGCUUCAUUGCUUGCCAUGGGGGUCUUUCUCCUGAAAUUGAACUGAUAGAUGAUAUUGAUUUAAUUUUCAGGUUCAGCGAGCCACCUAAAACCGGAGCCUUUACAGAUCUAUUGUGGGCUGACCCAGUUGACAAUCCUGAAGGAAAAUUAAGUGAUAGCUUUUCAUACAACACUGUAAGAGGAUGCAGCUAUUAUUAUGGAGUCAAAUCAACAAAUGCGUUCCUGCAAAGAAAUGACUUGAUUUCAGUCAUAAGGGCUCAUGAAGUACAACUAGAAGGCUAUAAAAUGCAUAAGUGGAAUGGAGAAGAUGAUUUCCCAGCAGUUAUCACUAUUUUUUCAGCCCCUAACUAUUGUGACACUCAUAACAAUAAAGGAGCCAUUGUAAGGUUGUGUAAUAGCAUUUUGAACAUACAGCAGUUCAACUAUUCAGCCCAUCCUUACUAUUUGCCUGAUUUUAUGGAUGUUUUCACGUGGAGCACUCCGUUUGUAAUUGAAAAAGUAAUGAUGAUGUUAUUUCAUUUGUUGAAACCUGACGAUAAAGUACUGCUUAGGUCAGAUAGCUUGGCAAAUAGAAGAAUAAAAGGUCUGAAGAACAAAUUUCAAGAAAUUAAAAAAGUAAUUAUGCAAAAUAAGGUGAAGGCGGUAUCAAGGAUGAUGAAAAUGUAUAAAACUCUUAGGGAAGAAUUCGAAAUCAUUCUCAUGCUCAAAGAUAUGUGCCCUGAUAACAAAAUUCCAAGAGGACUUUUAUUGGAAGGAAGAACUGCAUUGAUGAGAGCAGUUGAUAUGUUUAGACAAGCAAGAGUACUGGAUCUUCCUAAUGAAAGAAGACCUGAAUAG